GCUUCACUUUUGUUUUCCUGGUGGUUUACGUUAGAGAAAAGGUCAAAUAUGGAGCAGUGAAUGUUUCAUGGACGACUCUGUGGAACAAGUAUUAACUCACCGUGUUGUGGUUUGUUCAAAACGUCGCUAAUCAAACAACAAAUGAGCGAAAAAGGAGAGAAAACGAGUCCAACAAGACAAGAGCUCUUAGCAUUAGCGUCGAGAAAAGGCAAGCACUCUUCUUCUACUUUGGACUGUGGCAGUAAGAUGUAGUUCGCCACCUGCUGGAGAGAGCAGGAAAGUGCACCCAACUCGUUGAUAGAGACCGUUUUAUUUUAAGGUUAUUAAAUGAUUUUAGCUCCAUGUUCACAGUUCUGAAGGAAACUAUGACAUUUACAGCAAACGAGGUGAAGGUUUACUUUAGAAGAAGGAUUUGAAAAUGUCCUCCUGUCACGUCCUGUCGUCCCUUAAUGUCUGAAAACUGAUUUAAUGUCUUUAUAUUAAAGGAUGAGAAAAAUAUGACACACUGCAACAAAGAAGGUGUGGCAGUGUGUCGAGCUUUUAUUUUGAAGUCAAAAACCGUGUUCCACCGGAAGAAGCCAGCCUGAAUGCGGAAGUAAACAAAAGCGAGGAGUUUGAUGAGAGUUGACUGUGACGUAGCUGCUGAUUUUACUUAAAAUCAACUCUGUUCAAUAAAGACAAGAAGAGUUUCCGGUUCAGUGGAUCCACGCCAGCGGGACAGUGAAGGUUCAGUGAAGUUUGGUCGUCCGGUCGUCCGGUCUGUCGUCCAGUGUCAACAGACAGGUGAAGUCCAUGUGUCCUGCAGACUAAAGACAAAAUGUCCUGAUGGACAAGAUCCGACCAAGAGUGAAGUUUGGAAACAAAGUGCAUGAUGUGAAACUGCGGAAGAGAAAAUCCCAACUGUAUGCAAAUGAAAAUGAAUGUCCUCUGAACAACGUUGGUCUCAGAGCCAGAGUUGUUGCGUUUUCUGUCGUGUUCAGACUCAUCAACUGUUUCCUGGUUCAGAGCAGCUUUGUCCCUGAUGAGUACUGGCAGUCUCUGGAGGUCUCUCAUCGUAUGGUCUUCAAUUAUGGGUUUCUGACAUGGGAAUGGAAGACAGGACUACGAGGAUUCUCUCAUCCACUCGUCUUUGCGAUCAUAUACAAGAUCUUACACUUGGUGAACCUGGACUCAGUCCAGCUCCUGAAAUGGCUUCCACGGAUGAUCCAAGCUCUCCUGGCUGCGUUUGCUGACGUCAAGUUCUUCUUCCUCAUCCGAACGCUGGAAAAUCAACACGUUACAAAAUGGACGUUUUUCUGUCACGUGUGCUCGUGGUUCUCGUGGUUCUGCUGCACCAGGACUCUGAGCAACAGCACAGAAACAUCCCUCACGUGUCUGGCUCUCUUUUACUUUCCUCUGUCUGGGUCCAAAACUCACAGCAGCAUCAAAUAUUUGAGCCUGGUUGCCAUGGCAGUGGUUUUCCGCCCGACGGCGCUGAUCGUCUGGUUUCCUCUGCUGCUGCAUCAUUUCUGUCAGGAAGAGAACAAACUGACACUCAUCACUCAUCACUACAUCCCUAUAGGGGCGGCAGCUGUCGUCAUUUCAACUGUGAUUGACUGUAUAUUCUAUGAAAAGUGGACUUUGGUGCAGUUUAACUUCCUGAAGUUUAACGUCGUUCACGGAGUGGCAGACUUCUAUGGCUCUCACCCCUGGCACUGGUACCUGACUCAGGGGUUUCCGGUGGUGAUGGGGCCUCAUCUUCCCUUCUUUCUUCACGGAUGCUCCCUCGCCUUCAACAGAUACAAGAUCCUGUUGGCAGCAGUCGCCUGGACCGUCGUGGUCUACAGUUUUCUUCCUCACAAAGAGUUCAGGUUCAUCUUCCCCGUGCUGCCGCUCUGUAUGAUCUUCUGUGGGAAGUCACUGGCCAGUUUGAGAGAGUGGCGUCGGCCCGCAGCUGUGUUCUUGUUGCUCACAAACCUGGUUCUAGCACUCUACACCGGCCUGAUCCACCAGCGCGGGACAGUGGACGUGAUGAACCACCUGCAGACGCUGUGUGACAAGAGCAGCGCGUCCACCUCUGCACAGCCUGACGUCCUCUUCCUCAUGCCCUGCCACUCCACACCGUACUACAGCCACGUCCACUGUCCCAUAAAGAUGACGUUUCUCGAGUGUCCUCCUGACCUCGGAGAGGACGAUGACGUGGACGAGGCCGAGACGUUUUACCGCGAGCCGCUUCACUGGCUCAAAACCUCCUUUCCUUACAAAUCUUCUCUGCCCACACACCUGGUUCUGUUCAAUGUUUUGGAAAAGGAAAUCUCCGUGUUUUUACAGGCGAACGAGUUUGUGAGGACGGCAGAAAUAUUUCACACUCACUUUCCACAAGGAAGAGUCGGAGGAAGCAUCUUUAUUUAUGAAAGGCACUGACACAGGAAACUGAUCACGACAAUGUUGUAUGAUUUGACACUAAAAUAAAUAUUUCAUCAUGUUGAAA